AUGAAUUUGGUUAGAGUUUCAUUCUGUAAGCAGCGCUGCUUCUCUUCCUCUUCAUCUCCACUUCCAUGGAUCUCCCCCCUACAACUCCUAAAACCCAACUCCCAAAAACCAGAUCCUCCUCCGCAACCCUCACUUGCCUCUACUGAGUCUCAAAGGAAACCCAAAUUUAUCUCUCACGACACUGCCAUCAACUUGAUCAAGCGUGAGAAAGAUCCACAACGGGCCUUACAAAUAUUUAACAAGGUGUCGCGGCAGAAAGGCUUUACUCAUAACAGUGCCACCUAUGGAACCAUCCUUCACAAGCUUGCUCAAUCGAAGAAGUUUCAGGCCGUUGACUCAUUACUUCGUCAAAUGAGCUAUGAAACUUGUAGAUUUCAUGAAGGUGGUCUCUGUGAAAGUAGACGACUUAAAGAAGCCAUCGAAUUGUUUGAGGAAAUAGUUGGUAAGGAUCAGAUAUUGCCUGAUGCUUUAACCUAUAAUUUGUUAAUUAAUGGCUUCUGUCGUGAAGGAAAAGUCGAUCGGGCGAGAAAGAUAAUAGAGUUUAUGAAAAACAAUGGAUGCAGCCCUAAUUUAUUCAACUACUCUGCUUUGAUGAAUGGCUUAUGCAAGGAGGGAAGUUGGGAAGAAGCCAAACAACUUUUUGUUGAGAUGAAGAGCACAGGUCUGAAACCUGAUACAAUUGUUUAUACUACAUUGAUGAAUUGCCUUUGUAGGGCUAGUAGAAUCGAUGAGGCGAUGCCAUUGCUUAAGGAAAUGAAGGAAAACAAAUGUGAAGCCGAUGUUGUUACUUUAAAUGUAUUACUUGGUGGGUUAUGCAGAGAAAGUAGGUUCCAUGAGGCGCUUCAGAUGCUCGAGAAGCUGCCAUACGAAGGUGUUUACUUGAACAAAGCAAGUUACAGAAUUGUAUUGAAUGCAUUAUGGCAGAAAGAUGAAAUGGAAAAGGCAGCGAAGCUGUUGGGUCUGAUGUUGGAUAGGGGGGUUUUUCCACAUUAUGCAACAUCGAAUGAGGUGUUGAUUCAGCUUUGUAAAGCUGGAAUGUUAGAUGAUGCAGUUACAGCAUUGUUUGGAUUGGCUGAAACGGGGUUUAAACCAGAACCACAUUGUUGGGAGUUUCUGAUUGAAAUGAACUGCAAAGAUAGGAAAUUGCUGCCUGUUUUUGAACUACUUGAUGAGUUAGUAAUAAAAGAAUGUACUCAUAAUCUUCAUGUUGGUGCUACUUUUGCUUAGCCUCCUAUGCAUGUAAAACUAUCAUUGUUUAGCAUUUGAUUUAAUGAUACGUCCAUGUAUUUUCUCGGUGAUACUUAAAUAUUACCGAAUUAUAAUUUUUUUUUAUUUUUGUCUAAAA